CAACAACCCCACAUUAAAGCGGGCUAUCACCAUGGAAACAAACUUAACCUCUUGACUAAAUGUAUCUAAUUAAACUGAAGCUAUUUGGCAAAGGCAGACAAGUACUUCCAACAUCGGACACCCACCAUCUGCCCAGUGACUGGGAUGGUAUCAUGGAGGUAGACCAUUAUCAAGACCGAGAGGCACAGGCAGUGAAGACACCUCCAUCAGAGAGUAAUCCACCUGCAGAUACCCUGGCCACUUCUCUCUGUCUCCUGGGGAACCACAUGUUUCCCGACCCAGUGGUGACGGAUGCUUGCACCAGCAUUAACAGAAGCGAGCCUGCCAGUUUGCAGCUGUCUGAUGUUACAGCAGAGGAUUCCGGUCUGGAUGCAGCACCUCCUUCCAACCUGGGAACAGAGUUGGUGUCACAAGAUUCGGGUCGUCAGAACAAUCUGCCGGCCCACCCAGCUGACAGAGGAACUGAGGAUGCCGGCAUCGACAACGAUCAGGGCGAGUCGGGGGAGUUUGUUGUUACAAUGCUGGCCAAGGCCAAGCUGGAAGAGCAAGGUAUAGGCGUAAAGGGGAGAUCCUCUCCUUUACUGGAGGCGGGAAUCCAGGAGUCUCCUUCGUUUACAAGUCACCGUGAUGAGGAUGUUACAGCUGACAGCUGGCGGCAACACAGGAAGCAUGUUUUUGUACUGAGUGAAGCUGGAAAGCCCAUUUAUUCCCGAUAUGGCAGCGAAGAGGCUCUUUCUUCCACAAUGGGCGUCAUGAUGGCGCUGGUGUCUUUUGUCCAAAGUGGGGAUAACAUCAUCCGCUCAGUGUAUUCAGAUCAGCACACGGUGGUGUUCCUACAGAAAGGACCCCUGGUUCUGGUGUGUGUCUCCAGCAGUCGUCAGUCUGAGCAGCAGCUGCGUGGAGAACUCCUCUAUGUGUAUUACCAGAUCAUCAGUAUGCUCACACAGGCCAGCAUAUCCCGUAUCUUUGAGCACAAGAAAAACUAUGAUCUGAGGAGACUCCUCGCAGGCUCAGAGAAGAUCCUGGAUGGCCUUCUCAACCUGGUGGAUUCAGACCCGAGCUUUCUGCUCGCAGCAGUGCAUUGCUUGCCUCUGGCUUCUUCUCUCAGGGACUCCCUCAGCUGCAUCCUGCAAAAAGCUAUCACCCCCAAUCUGGUUUUCUCCAUCCUCAUCGCCAAAAACCAACUGCUAACCAUCGUCCAGGAGAAGACCGUGAUCGAGGACGCGAGGCUGGCACCAGCUGACGUCCACCUUCUGCUCAACCUCAUUGGAGCCUCUUCUGCUUUUCAGGCCGGGGAGAUCUGGACUCCGAUCUGCCUGCCCCUCUUUAAUCCUGACUGUUACUUUUAUGCAUACAUCUCUUACCUGGACCCUCCGGAGUGUACCGUUUGUUUGCUGCUGCUCUCCACAGACAAGGAGGCUUUUUACGCCGUAGCUGAGUGCAAGAGGAAGAUCGAGGAGGCCAUGGUGGCUCAGAACUCCCUGAGCCUCAUCGCCAAAGCUCAGUCUUACAGCGUGAGCCAGGUUGGGGUCUCAGACCUCAGGCACUUCAUGUACAAGCCCUUCGACGUGCCAGACAACCACCGCCAGCUCACUCAAUUCACCAGUCCAGAGAUGGAGGCUCCAUACAGCAGUGAAGAGGAGAAGAUGCGGCUCCUGGAUCUGUAUCGCUACAUGCACAGCCGCAUCCACAGCACCUCACGACCCCUCAAGCUCAUCUAUCACGUUGCUGAGAGGGAAACCAUCCUAGCCUGGGUGACCAGCAAGUUUGAACUAUACACCUGCUUCAGUCCUCUGGUGACAAAGACCUGUGCCAUCACCGCCAUCACUAAGCUUCUGAGAUGGAUUAAAAAGGAGGAAGACCGCCUCUUCAUCAAAUACCCCCCUAAGUAUUCGACCACUCCAAAUCCCAGCAAGAGUUCAAAAAGCAGCCGAUCAGACCAGCAAGACAACACAGAUAACGGCUUCUUAUCGCUUCAAUAGGACUCCGUUAGCCCUGAUGUAAAGCCGCUGCCUCAACUCGACAAUAAUUUUUACACUGACUCACAGGAAUUUUUCAAAAUCUGUUUUUGAGAUAUAUUGGACUUGACAUAAACUGACGAGUAGAAUCAAAACACUACGUUUUAGACUAUUUAAAGAGUGUCUAGUAUUCUUCCCCUACCCGGGAACGAGAGCGUGUCGUUGCAUCACUGCUUUCUUUAGAGACAGUCAGGGAGACGCAGCGCUCGGGAGUUUUAGUUUGAACUGUGGUAGAACAUAAUUAAAAAAAAAUAUAUUUAAGUGAAAAAGUUUUUAUAUUGUUUUAUUACAGAAAAAGAGAGAAUUUUUCCUCACGGACUGUGAAUGUAUCGCUCAGAUGACAGUUCGUUCAUAAGCUACUUCAGGUCAUUAAGUUAAUAUCAAGUUCAUUUGAUUAAAAAGAAUAAGGUCACAUGUAAGCGAUGUGGUAGCUGGGAGUAUGCAAUAAUUAUUUUUAUUUUUCCUUUUAAGAUCCACAAAAACUGGAAAAAUGACACUGGAACUGCCACAAACAAGUUUGACUUUCAUGAUUAUGUUUAAAAACUAAUGGCAGGGUUUCAUUACUGCUGAUACUUUCAUUCAUCUGAGACAAGUUAUUCAUGUUACAUUUUCUGCUGAAAACAAGUAAGCAGUCCCAUUCUGGUGUCUGCUCAUCAUCAUCAUCGCAUACAGGCAACUUCAUGAGUUUGUUCAUCGUCUUUUAAGGUACAGAAAGACUUCACUGUCAUGUUUAUCUGCAGAUCAUCUCACACCUGGAGAGUUCAGCUGCUUUACCUUUCUUCUCAAGGGUCUAUACCUGGUGUGUUCAUACUUGUCUCCUCAAGGUAUUUUCCAUCAAUUCAAGUCUUAACAGUGUGUUUUGUUUCAUUAAAUAAAUGUCAAAUUGCA